AGAGUAUCUCACCAGCGGUCACACUCCAGGAGGCAAGCAGCCUCACAGCACAUUCUGACCCUCACACACAGGCUUGGAGAGAGAGAGACCGAAUCAGCACCUCACACACAUUGACAGAAACUGCUCGCUCCAGAGUGAGGCCCUCUUUACUUUAAAACAUUUGAAUUACUCAACCAGCAUUACUAUCUGUCCUCUCUCUCUGACAUGGAGCUCCACCGCCUCCGGCACCACCACAGCCACCGGACCGACGACAAGCUCCAGAUGCUGAACCUCAACCAACGCCUGGAGACCUACCUGGGCCGAGUGAGGCUGCUGGAGGAGGAGAACAAGCUACUAUGCCAGGAGAUCCAGGCCCUGAGGGGCAGCGGCCAGGGGGGGCGGAUGGGCCUGGAGGACAAGCUGAGCCUGGCCAGGCAAGAGGUAGAGGAAGCCUGGAGGGAGAAGGAUCGGGUGGAGCUGGAGCUAGGGAGCCUGGGUGAAGAGCUCCAAGUCCUGGGGCUGCAGAGACAGUGGGUGGCGGACGCCCAUGGGGAGGUGAAGAAGAAGCUGGCAGACAGCAGGAAGCAGAUGGAGGAGGAGAGGAGGGCUCAGAUCUGGUUACGAGAGAAGGUGAGCCAGCUAGAGAAACAAAUCCAGUUCCAGAUACAAACCCACCAGGAAGAUGUUGCCGGCUUCCAGGCUACACUAAUCCAUGUCAGACCUGCACUGCCACCCCCUCCACCCCAAACGGGCACCCAGCUGCCCAGCCUCCAGGAGCUGGGUGAGGAGUACUCCCAGAUGGCUGUCAGGGCGUGGCAUGAGGCGGCCAUGGUGUUUCAGGGCCAGGUGGACAGCCUGGACGAGUCUCUAAACCAGGCCAGAACCCGGUUGGCCCAGGUGGGCCAGGAGAAGAUUGAGAGCCAGCUGAAACUUCAGGCCCUGGAGAAUGAGCUGCAAUCAGCCCAGGAUAAAAGGCAGUAUCUGGAGAGGAGUGUGGCCAAACAAAGAGACAGGCAGAGGCAAGAGAUACAAAACCUGCAGGCCCAUCUGGAUGUGUUGGAGAUGGAGAAGGGGGCGCUGGGAAAUCAGAUUGACACUCUCCUGACAGAAAGUAGGGGUCUGCUGCAGCUGAAGAUGUCUCUAGGCAUGGAGGUGGCCACAUACAGAGCAUUACUGGACAAUGAAAAUCUGAAGGGGGAUUUCUCUUCAACAAAUCAGCUAAGGAGCACCUACAUCUCUGAUGGAGUGCCCAGCUCUCGAGGGGCUAAGCAAAGCUUCCAGUCACAGCAGGCUACCAGUCAUAUGAUCAGGCCCAUCUCUACCAUCCAUAGAGCAAGCCCACGAUCCAAUGUAACAAUGAUGUCCGCAUCACCAAUCUGGACUCAAAAUCGGGUAACCCUGAACGAAACACCCAAGAGUUGUCGAAAGACAGAAGAAGAGCAUAUUGACUUUGGCGUAGGGUCCAACCACCAGGUAAGUUGUUCACCACCUUACCCCGAAGUACCACAGGACGGAAUUUCAGUCGACCACUUCAGACCUCAAGAUGUCCAUAAAGAAGUCAACCAUGCGGAGCCUCUCUCACCUCCCACAGCAGGAGCUGAUGUUGUAUCUUGGCUUGGAUCUGACCAUAAGGAACAAUCCAUGUGGGAUAUGGAAAAGGAGGAAGAGGAUCAGAACACAGUCAGAACCUGGUUUGCUGAAGAGAAACCCGUUCUGGAAUCUGCCAUGAGUCACCAGGUUGAGACCAGCUUCAGUAUGCCAACUGUGUUCAGCACUGAUGCUCAAGAGCUCCUCAGCCCUUCAGUGAGCUAUGAGAGAGCAGGUUUGGUGACAGGGGCACAUUAUGCUUUCUCAGCGAAUGAUGAUAAUGAUUUACCUUUUGAAAUGUCUUUUGAAAAAGAGGAACCUCUACUAGAUAUGCCUUACGGUCCCAUGAAUGCAUCGGAGGAAAGAGAUCUUGAAACAGCAAGUAAAGAUGCUGAAUGGGCGGGAAAUGAAGGCUUGGAAUCUGAAACUGCAUCAGUGCUAAAACAAGCAUUUGAGACCUUCACAAGCAGUCAAGCUUUUGAGUAUGGAGCUGGGAAAAGUUACAACAAGCCAAUAGAGUUCAACCAAGAGGACAAUAUGUCAUAUGAAUCUUCUCAAGCCUCCCACGGUUUAGAAGAGGCAUUUCGCCAUGUUAAAAGAGUGGAGGAAGAUGUUAUUAAUCUCCCAAAAGAGGAUGAAAAUGAUAUGUCUAACAAACAUGAGGAGCAAUUGGAAGAUGAAUUGCACCCCUAUGGGUAUGAUAAGGAUAAUUGUGAAAGAUUGGGAGGAUUCAAUAAGGAAAAUGAUAUGACAGAAAGAAUCGACGAGUUCAACCAUGAGAAUAUUAUUAAUCUCACAAAAGAGGAUGAUGAAAAUGAUAUGUCUAACAAAGAUGAAGAUCAAUUGGAACAUGAAUUGCGCCCCUAUGGGUAUGGUAAGGAUAAUUGGGAGAUAUUGGGAGGAUUCAAUAAGGAAAAUGAUAUGACAGAAAGAAUCGAUAAGUUCAACCAAGAGGAGAUUAUCUCAUAUGAAUCUGAUCAAGCUUCUCACUGGUCAGAAGAGGUAUUUCACCAUGUUGAAAGAGUGGUGGAAGGUGAUAUACAUUUCAGAAAAGGGGAUGAUGAAAAUGAUAUGUCAAACAAACGUGAGGAACAAAAUGCACUGAACCCCAAUGGGGAUGUAAAGGAUGAAUGGGAUAGAGUGGAAGGGUACAAUGAAGAGAAUGGAAUUGGAGAAAGAAUGGAUGAUUGGAAAGAAGGAAAGUAUCAUAUGAAAGAGGAAGAGAUGUGGAAUAACAGAGAAACCCAACCCAAUCGGUCUGAUCAAGAGGAUAUACCUUCAAAUGUAGAGAAACUGAAUCAAUUCGAGCAAGAGCAUAUACCUUCAGGCGGAGAGAAACUGAAUCAGUCUGAGCAAAGGUAUAUCAAUUCAAACGGAGAGAAACUGAAUCAAUCUGAGCAAGAGCAUAUACCUUCAGGUGGAGAGAAACUGAAUAUAUCUGACAAUGACAAAGAGGAUCAUGAGGCAAACCUCUGUCAAAAUAAUUCUGUUUCAUGGAGGGCUGAGCUAGAAGGCGACAGCUAUGCUCAGGACAACACACUAGCCGACACACACCCCCUGAUCCGUUACAAGAGUGACGAGACGGAUGUCAACACUCAGGCUUCACACAUGGGCGAAAGUGACUCCAGUGAUGGUGAAGAGGACAGGGAGGUUUGCCAGACAGGAACAGACACCUGGGGCGAAGGCAAGUCCAAACAGUUUGACACCAUGGAGUAUCUGUAUGAAGAGUCAGAAGUGGAUGUCAUAGAUCAGGAAAGUAACAUGGGCUCCACUCACCAAGAGGACAUGGAUGCUAGCCAAACAAAGGAGCAUGCUAAACAGGAGAACGAUGAGGAGAAUGCUGGCGAUCAGUUGAUUCAGAAGGCAGAAGAGGAGCAAUCUUAUGAGGAACUUACAGAACCUGGAGAGUACUCCAUGGUGUGCUCUGAUGAGGACUAUAAUGAAGAAACAAUUGAUAGAUUGGUGGAGCAAGAGUUAGAGAAUUUAUCUAUAUCCAGUUACAGUGAACACUUUACUGGGCAGAUGAUUGAGAGCGAGUCAGUACUGAGUCUUCAAAUUGAGUCUCACACUGAACUUUCCCAGACACAAGACAUAUUAUACAGUGAGGAGGUAGAGCAGAUACACUCAGAGAGACUGAAUCAAUCUGAACAAGAGUAUAUACCCUCAGGCGGAGAGAAACUGAAUCUAUAUGAGCAAGAACACAUACCCUCAGACAGAGAGAAAUUGAAUCAAUCUGAGUCAGAGUACACAACUUCAGGCGGAGAGAAACUGAAUCUAUAUGUGCAAGAACACACACCCUCAGACGGAGAGAAACUGAAUCAAUCUGAACAAAAGUAUAUACCUUCAGGCGGAGAAAAAGUGAAUCAAUCCGAGCCAGAGUAUAUCAUUUCAGGCGGAGAGAAAUUGAAUCAAUCCGAGGCAGAGUACAUAACUUCAGGCGGAGAGAAACUGAAUCUAUAUGCGCAAGAAUACCUACCCUCAGAUGGAGAGAAAAUGAAUCCAUCCGUGCCAGAGCAUAUACCUUCAAACGGAGAGAAACUGAAUCAAUCUGAACAAGAGAAUAUACCUUCAGGCGGAGAAAAACUGAAUCAAUCCGAGGCAGAGAAUAUACCUUCAAAUGGAGAGAAACCGAAUCAAUCUCAGCAAGAAAAUAUACCUUUAGGUGGAGAGAAACUGAACCAAUCUGAACAAGAGAAUUUACCUUCAGGCGGAGAGAAACUGAAUCAAUCCGAGCAAGAGAAUAUACAUUUAGGCGGAGAGAAACUGAAUCAAUCUGAACAAGAGAAUUUACCUUCAGGCGGAGAGAAACUGAAUCAAUCUGAACAAGAGAAUUUACCUUUAGGCGGAGAGAAACUGAAUCAAUCCGAGCCAGAGUACAUAACUUCAGGCGGAGAGAAACUUAAUCUAUAUGCGCAAGAACACACACCCUCAGACAGAGAGAAAAUGAAUCAAUCUGAGCAAGAGAAUAUACCCUCAGGCGGAGAAAAACUGAAUCAAUCUGAGGCAGACUAUAUAACUUCAGGCGGAGAGACACUGAAUGUAAAGGCACAACACAUACCGUCAGACGGAGAGAAACUGAAUCAAUCCGAGCAAGAGAAUAUACAUUUAGGCGGAGAGAAACUGAAUCAAUCCGAGCCAGAGUACAUAACUUCAGGUGGAGAGAAACUGAAUCAAUCCGAGCAAGAGAAUAUACCUUCAGGCGGAGAGAAACUGAAUCAAUCCGAGCAAGAGAAUAUACCUUCAGGCGGAGAGAAACUGAAUCAAUCCGAGCAAGAGAAUAUACCUUCAGGCGGAGAGAAACUGAAUCAAUCCGAGCCAGAGUACAUAACUUCAGGUGGAGAGAAACUGAAUCAAUCCGAGCAAGAGAAUAUACCUUCCAACAGAGAGAAAAUGAAUCCAUCUGAGCCAGAGUACACAACUUCAGGCGGAGAGACACUGGAUAUAUGUGAGCAAGAACAUAUACCCUCAGAUGGAGAGAAAAUAAAUCAACCCGAUUCAGAGCAUAUACCUUCAAAUGGAGAGAAACUAAAUGUAUAUGUGCAAGAACACAUACCAUCAGACGGAGAGAAUCUGAAUCAAUCUGAACAAGAGAAUAUACCUUCAGGCGGAGAAAAACUGAAUCAAUCCGAGGCAGAGAAUAUAAUUUCAGGCGGAGAGAAACUGAAUGUACAUGCGCAAGAAUACCUACCCUCAGAUGGAGAGAAAAUGAAUCCAUCCGAGCCAGAGCAUAUACCUUCAAACGGAGAGAAACUGAAUCAAUCUGAACAAGAGAAUUUACCUUCAGGCGGAGAGACACUGGAUAUAUGUGAGCAAGAACAUAUACCCUCAGAUGGAGAGAAAAUGUAUAAAUCUGAGCCAGAGCAUAUACUUUCAAACGGAGAGAAACUGAAUCAAUCGGAGCAAGAAAAUAUACCUUUAGGUGGAAAGAAACUGAAUCAAUCGGAGCAAGAAAAUAUACCUUUAGGUGGAAAGAAACUGAAUCAAUCGGAGCAAGAAAAUAUACCUUUAGGUGGAAAGAAACUGAAUCAAUCGGAGCAAGAAAAUAUACCUUUAGGUGGAAAGAAACUGAAUCAAUCUGAACAAGAGAAUUUACCUUCAGCCGGAGAGAAUCUGAAUCAAUCUGAACAAGAGAAUUUACCUUCAGGCGGAGAGAAACUGAAUCAAUCCGAGGCAGAGGAUAUAACUUCAGGCGGAGAGACACUGAAUGUAAAUGCACAAGAACACAUACCCUCAGACAGAGAGAAACUGAAUCAAUCAGAGCCAGAGUACAUACCUUCAGGCAGAGAGAAACUGAAUCUAUAUGAGCAAGAACACAUACCCUCAGACAGAGAGAAAAUGAAUCCAUCCGAGCCAGAGUAUACAACUUCAGGCGGAGAGAAACUGAACCAAUCCGAGCAAGAGAAUAUACCUUUAGGCAGAGAGAAACUGAAUCAAUCAGAGCCAGAGUACAUACCUUCAGGCGGAGAGAAACUAAAUCUAUAUGAGCAAGAACACACACCCUCAGACAGAGAGAAACUGAAUCAAUCUGAACAAGAGUAUGUAAUUUCAGGCGGAGAGAAACUGAAUCAAUCCGAGACAGAGGAUAUAACUUCAGGCGGAGAGAAACUGAAUCAAUCUGAAGAGCAGUACAUACCUUCAGGCGGAGAGAAACUGAAUCAGUUUGAGCAAGAGUGUUUACCUUCAGGUGGAGAGAAACUGAAUCUAUCCGAGCAACAGAAUAUACCUUUAGGCAGCGAGAAACUGAAUCAAUCUGAGCCAGAGUAUAUAACUUCAGGUGAAUACAAACUGAGUCUAUAUGAGCAAGAACAUAUACCCUCAGACAGAGAGAAAAUGAAUCAAUCCGAUCCCGAGUAUAUACCUUCAGGCGGCGAGAAACUGAAUCAGUCUGAGCAAGAGUGUAUUUCCUCAGAGGUUAGGUAUUCGGUGCAUUCUAGGAUUCUAAUGACAUCUGAACACACAUCUCUUAGAGAAAGUUCAGUAGAAAUAUCCAAAGAAGAAUCUUUGGCUCAAGAUAAGGAAUUCAGUGGGGGACUGGGAACUGAAGCUGUACCAGACAAAAUAGAAGGACAGGAUCACCAGAACCUUUAUAUGCUGACUCAUGCAGACUUCACUGAAAGCCAUUCUAUCUACAGCAGUUUAAACAGCAGGCCUGAGAGUCAAACCAACAUGAACAACUUGGAUAUAGAAGAGUCUAACAGCACAGAUGAUGAGUCGCCAAAUGCAAGCCAGUAUUUGCAACCUGUCACCAAAGCAAAUCUAACUGCAGAUCAGGAAGACUUGUUAGAUGUGGCGGUCUCUCACUAUGAGAAUUGCAAUACUCUUAUUGAACAUUCUGCAGAGGAGGUCACUAGCUAUCAGGCAAGUAAUGAAUGUCUUCAGACAGAUGAAUGGGAAGUCUUAGAAAGUCCAAACAAACACCUAGCAUCUAGAGAUCCUUUUGCAGGUCACAAGAGAGACUCCGAAAGAUCCUCCAAAACUGACAGCGAAGGCCAGGACCUCCACAGCUUCCUCAGCUCUGGUGUACACAACAACUUCUGGGGUUCCAAUCUGGAGACAGGAGCCUCCUAUCAACCGGAUGAGCCGUAUGACCAUGUGACCGAACUACCCAAUCAGAACCUAGCCUUGGCUGACAACCUAUCCUGGGUGGAUUUGGAGAAUCCACAGGCAGCUAAUUGGAACACAAAGAUGGACAGCGACACACCUAAAGCUUCCACCCUUGGAGAAGAGGACAAACAGAUGCCCUCACAGGUGAAGCAGCUGGUGUGUAGAGAUGUGGUAGAGGGUGUGAAUGUUACUUCUGAAGAUGAGGGAGACUCCUGGUCAUAUGGGGAAGAAUAGUAACAAUUUCAGCAUGGUUUCUAUAAGGAGUAAAGUAGAAGUAACAAGUGUUACUGAGAGUGUAAAACUAUUUACAUUUUACAGGUUUUGAAUUUGAGCAUUGAUUCACAUUGAUCAUCACAGUCGAAAGUAAAUGAAACGAUAAUUUCAUCCAAACAUGAAUGUACUGUCAUAGAAUGUCAUGACAAUUCAGUGCUACCCGGGACCCUUGGGAUGUCCCUACCUUAAACCCUAACUAUAACCAUAUUCCUUACCUACACCAUUUAAAAUGUCAACUUCAAUGGGGUAGGGACGUCCCAAGGAUGCGAGAUAGCACAGACCGUCAAAUAUUUAUGCUGUUUUCAAAAACCAAAGUUGUGUUUUGGUGCACACCCUGCUGACACUAACCACCAGUGUACCUACUCCAUUUCAAGACAUUGAGGGCCAUUUUUUGUACGUUUUACAAAUUGAUGUUUGAAUAGCAUUUGUUUUGGUUUGCCCAUCCCCCCCUUUGAAGAACAAAAGUAACUUAAUUAAAAACCAAAGAAAGGACAUUUGAAAGUCAAAGCAUUCUGAACUGCCAUUAAUUGAUAGUUGAUUUGAUUGCACUGAUUGAAGGAAAUCAAUUAGAGCAAAAGUGAGAACCAAGGUAUUUCAUUGCACAAGACCUGGGAGCUUGUUUUUUCUAGUCGAAACUUUUAUCUUAACAUCUUAAGUCCAUUUGAUAAGGACUCCAGUUGAUAUAUACAGUGCCUUCAGAAAGUAUUCAUACCCCUUGACUUAAGUAGUUGAGUAAUUAUUAUUUCUGAUUAUAAUUUGAUAUUUCAACUCACACACUACAAGCAGCAAAUCAAAUCAAAUUGUAUUAGUCACAUGCGCCGAAUACAACAGGUGUAGACCUUACAGUGAAACGCUUACUUACGAGCCCUAACCGACAGUGCCUGUUUAAAAAAAUACGGAUAAGAAUAAGAGAUAAAAGUAACAAGUAAUUAAAGAGGAGCAGUAAAAAAUAGCGAUAUAUACAGGGGGGUGCCGGUACAGAGUCAAUGUGCGGGGGCACCAGUUAGUUGAGGUAGUAUGUACAUGUAGGUAGAGUUAAUUAAAGUGAUUGUGCAUCGAUGACAGCAGAGAGUGGCAGUGGUGUGGAGAGGGGGGGCAAUGUGAAUAGUCUGGGUAGCCAUUUGACUAGAUGUUCAGCAGUGCAUGGUUUGAAAUCCUAGAAGAACAGUUUGCCUUCAUUUUAUUAAAGCAUUUCACAAUGCAGUGUCACAACGUACAACUAACAUACAAUGAAACAACACGGUACCAUAUUAGUUAUGCUUUGUUCACGAUUACGGCAAAAUAAACUUGUUGUUUUUUGGCUUGUGUUCUCUCUGUAGAAAUGCACAAAAAAAACAUACAUGGAAAAAUAAAACAAAUUGACAAAUA